AUGCGGAAGCGUUUUCAUGUCAUGUGACCACCUCAAAUCAACUGAGAAGUUGCAAACACAGCUAGAACGUUUCUAAUAGUGGAGCAUAUUUUGUUGGUUAAAGGAAGCGUUUGCCGUGAACAGCCACCACAAACUGCACAGAUGAGGUAUCUAUUGUAUUGGUUGUUGAAAGUAACAUUAUACUAACGCCUUGCCCAAGAGGGUAAGUCACCUGGAGACAUGAGUAUCAAUGGGGAAGGCACCACCGUCCACUCUGACCAUUGGGCCGCUGCGGAUGACAUGGGCUGCGAGACCAACCCUCUCCUGGGAAAUAGAGCAGAGGAGCCAAGGGCUAAAGGGGCCUCCUUUACCUCCUCGGUCUUCAACCUGAUGAAUGCCAUCAUGGGCAGUGGCAUCCUGGGCCUGGCCUACGCUAUGGCCAACACAGGCAUAGUGGGCUUUUGUAUCCUCUUGCUGCUAGUGUCCAGCCUGGCAGCUUACUCUAUACACCUCCUACUGAAGCUGUGUGAUCAAACCGGUAUCACCUCAUAUGAAGACCUAGGAGGCAGAGCCUUGCAGAAGCCAGGCAAAGUUCUUGUUGGAGUCAGUAUUCUCAUCCAAAACAUUGGAGAUGACACCAUUCUGUAUACUUCUGGCCUCUCCUUGGACACUGUGUUACCGAACCUCCAGACGAGCUUCAAUGCCAUACAACUCUCCUUCCGUGGCCUCCAACUGCUCUUAAACGCAACCAUGUCGUCAUACAUGUUCAUCUUGAAAACAGAGCUUCCUGCAGCCAUUGCCAGCUUCCUGAGCCCAGAGACCUCUGGGGGGGCCUGGUAUGAAGAUGGCAAAACGUUGCUGAUUCUGAUGACGGUGUGUGUGGUUCUACCUCUGGCUCUGCUGCCCAAGAUUGGUUUCUUGGGCUACACCAGUAGCCUUGCAUUCCUCUUCAUUCUCUUCUUUACAGUUGUGGUUGUGGUCAAGAAAUGGGCCAUCCCUUGCCCCCUCCCAAGCAAUGUGACCCUGAGCAUCAACCAGGUAUCCAAUUCCUCGGAAUGUACGCCCAAACUAUUCGUCAUCUCCAGUAAGAGUGCUUACACCAUCCCCACCCUGGCUUUCUCCUUCCUCUGCCACACUGCCGUGUUGCCCAUCUACAGUGAGAUGGACCGGCCCAGUAAGAAGAGGAUGCAGAAUGUGACCAAUGUUAGCAUCUCUCUGAGCUUCCUGCUCUACCUGAUCUCUGCUUUGUUUGGCUACCUCACCUUCUACAGCCAUGUAGACUCAGAGCUCUUGAUAAGCUACGACACGUACCUGCCGCGUGAUGUCUUGGUGAUGGCUGUGCGUCUGGCCAUCCUGCUGGCUGUGCUGCUUACUGUACCCCUCAUCCAUUUCCCUGCCCGGAAGGCAAUGUCAGUGCUGUUUUGUGGAGAUAGGCCUCUCUCCUGGGUGUAUCAUAUCUUCUCCACUCUCCUGAUCCUGACUGUGGUGAUGCUGCUGGCCAUCCUUGUCCCUGACAUCAGGAAUGUGUUCGGGGUUGUGGGCUCGACCACGUCGACCUGCCUGUUGUUUGUGUUCCCGGGGAUCUUCUACCUCCGGCUCAGCAACCAGCCGCUCAAGUCUCUGGAGUCUGUGGGGGCUGUAUGUCUGCUGAUCUUCGGCCUGUUUGUGGGACUGCUCAGUCUGUGUGUCAUCGUGGUCACCUGGGCACAGAACCCCUGAACAGGACCGCAGAACUAGACCACCCACCGCUCUGCUCCAUAGAGCCUAAAGGGAGAAUUAUGCCAAAGAAAUACUAUUAGGCAGCACAACAGAACUCCAUGACCACAAAAGACUGUAUGACCACAACACAGGUCAGUGGCAUGACCACAAGAUCACUGCAUCACUUCACCCAGACUCUGAAAGCAUUUGACUGCCCACCAACCCCAUACAAUCAGUGCUGCUCUUGUAUUUGUAUGUUUGACUGUACCUUUUAGCUAUGGUGCUUCCAAAGCUUCAGAGUUGCCUUUUUUACUUCUGGACAAUGUGUACACUUGACAAUACAUCUUGAAUGUGGGAUGACG